GAGGCUCCGCUCAUGAUGUUCCUCUCUCGGGCUUGCAUCGUCAGCUAUCAUUGCCAUUUCAUAUAAACGCCUGCUCCUUGCAUGUGAGCGGCACACGUCGCUAUGGGCUCGUAAACAUAAGCAGGUAUACACCAUUUCAAUAAAUUUGCCAAAAAGCAAUGAGUCACUGCUGGCGGUUAUUUCGAAAACUACACCAGACUGUGUUUGUUGUCUUGAACACACCCCGCUGAGCCCCCCGAUAUUGUUCAAGGGGAAUAAUGGCUGCACAGGAGCCGUCUCCACCAUCUUCUUUGGAAGGCAACAAGCCGGGCUUUCCAAAGAAAAUUCUGGCCAACAACCUGGAGGACAAGCAUCUGUGCAACUCGUGUCAGAAGAUCCUUCGGAGGCCCCUGCAGGCCCAGUGCGGCCACCGCUUCUGCUCGUUCUGUUUUUACAAGCUUGUGAGUUCUGGACCACAGAAAUGCAGUGCAUGCAUCAAAGAAGACUUGUUUGAGGAGCCCACAUCUAUUCUCAAGCAAGGAGGUGCAUUCUCAGACAAUGCAGCUCGGAGAGAGGUGGAGGCCUUGGCAGCAGUUUGUCUUAAUGAAGGAUGCACAUGGACCGGAACUGUCAAAGAGUUCGAGGCUAGCCACGAGGGAAGCUGUGACUUCAUGAUCAUCAUGUGUCCGUCAUGUAAAGAGCUGAUGAGAGCCAAUGAACAGGAGCGCCACAACGAGAGAGAAUGUCCAGAGAGGACGCUGAACUGCAAAUACUGCAAGGAACCAUUCCUGUUAAAGAACAUCAAGGCUCAUGAUGAAAUCUGCCCAAAGUACCCAAUGAUCUGUGAAGGCUGUGCCAAGAAAAAGAUCCCCCGUGAGAAGUAUGUGGACCAUAUUAAGUUCUGCAGUAAAUUUAAAACACCAUGCAGAUUUCAUGUUGUUGGCUGCAGUACGUCUGUGGAAAAAGAGAAGAUCCAUGAUCACGAGAGGCAGUGUUCAUAUGAGCAUCUCAACCUGCUUCUGCAUUUUAUCAUGGGGAUCAAGGUGAGUCUGGAGAGCCUACAACCACAGACCCUAGAGGUGGCCAGCCAGAAGUUGCAGGUGCUCCACCAGUCCCUCAGAGAACUGGAGCUGAAGAUGAGCCAGCUUAGUGGUGGUGGCCCAGCUUCCAUCCAGGGUGCAUGUGCUCUCACCCUGGCCACGUCCUUUACCCCGCUUCCCAGCGCCGUGGGUGCUGCACUGGAGCUGCAACUCCAGAGCGAGAAGACCAAGGUGGCCGAGCUGAGCCGACGUUGCCAGGAGCUAGAGCUGAAAGUGAACACGUUUGAAAACAUUGUCUGCGUCCUGAACCGAGAGAUGGAGCGCUCCUGCACCACCAUGGAGGCUUACAACCGCCAACACAGACUAGACCAGGACAAGAUAGAGCUUCUCAACAACAAGGUUCGUCAACUGGAAAGGACAGUAAGCCUGAGGGACCUGUCCAUCGUGGAGAUGGAGGGGAAGAUGAGGGAGAUGUCUGCAGCCACCUAUGAUGGCGUCUUUAUCUGGAAAAUCUCUGAUUUCACCAAGAAGAGGCAGGAUGCUGUGGCUGGCCGUGCUCCUGCUAUGUUCUCUCCUGCAUUUUAUACAAGUAAAUACGGCUACAAGAUGUGCUUACGAAUCUACCUGAAUGGUGAUGGGACGGGCCGUGGCACACACCUGUCUCUGUUCUUUGUGGUGAUGAGAGGACACAGCGACGCGCUCCUUAAGUGGCCUUUCAACCAGAAGGUUACGCUCAUGCUGCUUGACCAGAACAACAGGGAGCACAUAAUCGAUGCCUUCCGUCCCGACAUCUCGUCCUCGUCCUUCCAGAGGCCCGUCAGUGACAUGAACAUCGCCAGUGGCUGCCCGCUCUUCUGUCCUCUCUCCAAGCUGGACUCUAAAAACUCCUAUAUACGUGAUGACACCAUCUUUAUAAAGGCCAUUGUAGACCUCACUGGGCUCUAGAGCAAACGUAAGAGAAGAAAUCCAACUUUGCCUUUUGUUGCAACUAACCUGUUUCAUCAGCCGGCCUUGGUAUUAUCAGUAACUGGCAUUCUCUCGGGAGUGUGUCUAAACCUUUGGUUUUGGGAUCAGUUGUUGGUGACAAUAUGCAAGAUAUCAUUGUUUUUUGUUUGUUGGCAAUUUAGUUUCUUCACUAUCUGUUUUCCCAAUAAAAAGGAGCUUUUAUGCAUUAAA